AUGGGGGGUGUAAACCAUGUUGCUUGGGUAAAGGGGAAGGGGAGAUUGCCAGCCUUGCUGAGGGCUGUAAUGUGGCAACAAAAGAGUUUCCAAGGUCCGUUAGUCGCCCGGAGACCUGGGAUGCCUUCCUGCUGGGCUUAUCGGGAUGAUGGUGAUGAUGUAACUCAGGCCAGCUCCAAGUUGAUCUACCUCGUAAAGUACGGGAAUAGUGACUAUCAUUCCUCCAGGCACUUGGGACCAGGCGCUAAGGGUUGGGCCAAGUUCCCGCUCUGGUGGACGGAUUACUGUUAUCAUCACCUCAUCGCCGUAGCUGGACCACAUGCGCCCACCUCUGCUGUUUCCUGCAGCACAGCGACAAGCGCCGUUAACUGGAUAUCAUUCCCCUCUCUCCCGCGCGUUCUUGAACGGCUUGUCCCGGCAAGACUGGUCUCGCGGGCCAGGAUCACACGGAAGUGA